CUGAGUACUGGUAAUAGCGAAUUGAAUUCCGGUCUUCGUCGUCACUGAGCGGGCGUAGUGGCACCGACUUCUUUGUUCUGUUAUUCCUGAAUCUGACCAGAAUUUUUUAUACAUUUCUAACAAAUGUCUUCGCGACAGUUUCGAAACAUGGGAGAUUUAUCUGGGGGAGCUCUGAUGGAGGUCCAUGACGGAUAUCUGCAAAGGAAGAGGCACGAUAGUGAGCAGUCCUCAUGCAGCAUGCCUGAGUACAAUGACCUGGAGGCAGCCGAAACCCUUGUGUGCAUGAGCUCCUGGUGUCAUGUGUCACCAAGACCUAACACCUUCAAGUCUCGCCCUCUUACCCCAGCGUCGGAUUCCUGUGACUCACUCCUGCAACUUGAAUCUUCAGAAUCCCCCAGGGACUUUGUCUCACUCUCCUCACUGUGUAUGACCCCUCCUCACAGCCCCAGUUUUGCUGAAACUUCCACUACGUUACCAGUGCCAAACUCGCCCUCUUCGCUGAUCCGACCCUGCCCCAAUGGCUUCAGUUCCAGACACCAGCGACCUGCUGUGGGCUCUAUUGCUAAGAUAGAGAAGCCCUCCUCCACACCUUGCAGAGCCAUGGCAACCAGUGUCAUCCGCCACACAGCUGACAGCUCCCUGUAUAAGAACAUUCCACAGGCUGCUCCCCCACAGCAUCCUCCAGCCCCUACGCAGAUGCAACCACAACAGCCCCCACAACCUGAGGUUCCUUCACCGGUCGCCUUGCCCUGCCAGUCAAAGACAAACAGAGCCGCACUGGGAACAUGCCCAGAAGGUGGCCAUUCUAAGGAGAAGAUCCCUUCCAAGUCAAGUCCUACUUCACCCCCUUCCACCUCCAGUCCACCCAUCAUAUGCCAGAUGUUCCCAGUGACUCAGCCAGGAGUUAUCUCGGCGGCAUUCAUUCAGAGUCCGGCUCCCAGGACAAAUGCUGGGGUCAAGUCCAUCCUGCCGCAGCCUCUUUUCAUGGGUCCUCCAGUGGCCCAGGGUACAGUGAUGCUAGUGAUGCCCCAGACACCCAUGACUCAGACACCACAGUGUCCCCAACAAGCGGUUGUUACCCUGGGCAACACCAAGUUGCUACCACUGGCCCCUGCACCUGUCUAUAUACCCUCGGGGCAGAGUAGUGCCACACAAAUGGACUUCUCCCGCAGACGCAACUAUGUGUGCAACUUCUCUGGAUGCAGGAAGACCUACUUCAAGAGCUCACAUCUCAAAGCACACCUCAGAACUCACACAGGUGAGAAGCCCUUCAGCUGUAACUGGGAAGGGUGUGACAAAAAGUUUGCACGGUCUGAUGAGCUGUCCCGCCACCGGAGAACACACACUGGUGAGAAGAAGUUUGUCUGUCCUGUUUGUGACAGACGGUUCAUGCGCAGUGACCACCUCACUAAGCAUGCUCGUCGCCAUAUGACUACCAAGAAGAUCCCAUCCUGGCAGGCAGAGGUACGGAACCUCAACAAGAUAACCACCACCAAGGCCCUACCUGCUGGCUCCACUCUACCAAUCAGCAUGCUGUUACCGGCUUCAAACUGAAUCUGAUUGGAACUGACUUUGUACUUAGAUUAUACAGGGACUAUUAAUUGGAGGACAUGGCUGCUAAUUAUCUUAUGGACAAACGUGAACAUGCACUGGACUCUUUUCUUCUACUGCUUGUUUUGUAUACUCUACAAUGAAUGAUUUUUUUUUGUUUACUUGCUUAUGAUUCAUGCACUCUGUUUUGCCAAAGUCUUUGUAUUAUGUCUGUCUUAAAAUUUCAUUUGUGUUUUGUAUAUAUUUACAUGUAUAUUCUGUUGGAAAAUUAUGGUUUAUUCAUUACUGCCUAAGUAUAAGAAAAUUAUGAUUAUAUAUACUUAUCUACACUGUAA